UCACACGUGACGUACUACUAACGUCAACACAACAAAGUCAGAAUAUUCAAUGAUCAAGUAUCCGCUGCAGUCGGAAUCCAAAAAAGGAACGUAAGUUCCGAAUUUUGUCACUUUUAUGUGAAGAGAUAGUUGACUGUAUCAGUCACAGUACAGAGAGAAAGCAUGACUAGUACUGAAGAACUGAAUUGUUCCCGGGAAGAGCAGCAUUUGCUACGAGACGACUUCACCUUGUUCCCAGGCAAAUGCGCAGCGGUGCGGGUAACGCUGUACAACGACCGAGUCGUGGUUGAGAAACGCAGGGCCAGUGAUGGGCAAAAUGGCCGCGUCACUCCCAAGGCAGACACGGUGCGCCUGGCCGAUGUCAUCGGAUGUGAGUGCGGUCGGGCUAGGAGCACCUACGCAUCCAACAAUUCCAGGCUUUCCCUCACUAGUCUGACCACCAAGAAACCCCCGAACGACACGGCUGCCGCGUUCCUUUGCCUUCAUUCCUACCCGUAUAACAAGCCGGCCGCCAGUGGCGGUUUCAGAAGAAAACGGGACGUUAUUUUCCGAGUGAACAAGUACGAUACUCACGAACAAAAUUUGGAAAUUGCUCAGAAAUGGAGGUUGGCGAUACUUCUCAUUUUGAGAAGAGUGACUGUGGAAAAUGAAGAAGAUAUUUCAGCUGCUCGUUUGCCACCUGCUAGGAAGCUGCUAGUGUUAGUCAACCCUGCCAGCGGGCGCCGCAAGGGCGUACAGAUAUUCAACAAGCAGGUCGUGCCCAUAUUCCGAGAUGCUGAGCUUGACUACGACUUGGUUGUCACAAAUAAGCAGUUUCAAGCAACGGAGAUGGCCAAAACUUUGGAUCCUAAUGAGUGGCAAGGAAUUGUCGUCGUAGCCGGGGACGGGCUUGUCUAUGAGGUUCUGAAUGGCAUGAUGAUGCAUCAAGACCCAUCGUCAGUCCUCAAAAUCCCCAUUGGUAUCAUACCGGCAGGCUCUGGCAAUGCACUGUUUGCUGCAGUUAUGUCCAAAACAGGAGAGCAAUUGGCAAAACUUCCUCCUCUUCACGCAGCGUUUUUGCUCUGUAAGGGAGGUCACCACCCCAUCGACCUGGUCUCCAUCACCACCCCGAUCCGUCACAUUCAUUCCUUCUUGGCCCUGACCUGGGGCAUCAUCGCCGACAUCGACAUUGAGAGUGAACGCUUCCGCUGGAUGGGCAAGCCGCGAUUCACCAUCGGCACCAUCAUCCGCGUUCUGAACCUGCGGCGUUAUCACGGGGCGCUGUCCUACCUACCCGCGGAGAACCAAGAGCAGUACGAGCAUCUCAGGAUUCCAGCCGCCAAAAAGAAAGUCAAGAAACGUUUGCCGCGCCCCCAUAGCACGAUGGACACGACCUCUGAAGGCUUGGGCAUUCCUAAAGCCCACCUGCCUCGAUUCAGAUCCUUAAAUGCCGAUCUCUCCAAGAUUGAAGCGGGGAAUGGGCUAGCCUUCUCAGAAGAGUUCAUCAUGGAGGAUGAUGAUGUAGGCAGUGAUGAUCCCGAAGCAACUGAAUCGAAUCCGCUGCAAGCCAACGGAUUUAUACCUGGACCGAACCACCCUGGUAGUAGUAAUCCUAGUUUAGAGCCAUCCUCCCAAUCCUCCUACCUACCUCCAAAGGUAACUGACCCCCUCCCAGAAGGCUGGACCACUAUUGAGGGGGAUUUUGUGGGCAUUCUUUUGACCUACAUGUCCCACAUUGCCGUGGAUGUAGAAGUCUGGCCGCGCCGGAAGUUUGACGAGGGCGUCAUCAGCAUUCAGUUCAUGCAUUUCCCGCAGUCGCGUCGGAACAUGGUAGAGUUUGUGAAUGCCAUACAGACGGGUAGGCACCUGACCCUGCCUUUCACUCGGUCACUCUUUGUCAAAGCGUUCCGUCUGGUGCCGCUCACGAAGCCAGGUAUUCUCACCGUAGACGGGGAAGUUAUAGAGUACGGUCCGGUUCAGGGCGAAGUACUGUCCAACAAACCGCAUAUCAUUAUCCCAACUGACCAAUUUCAAAGCACAUAAUGACCAAAAAAGCUUAGACAGACUUUCGUGACGUCACAAUUUGAGUGCCAGUCAGCUGAUGUCUGCGCACGUUAUGUGUACAUGUAUAGCCUAUUGCGCACUGCUUGCGACGCCCUUCUGACGUAACAAUUACAUGUGAGACACAGUGAUUGUGACGUCAUGAAAAUCUUAACUUGGAUUGUGACGUCAUGAAAAAGAUAAUUUUGUAUACACAAUUAUAGUGUAGCUGAUCAUCAAAAAUGUUAGUCAUGUUAGUAGCCAAGCAUUAUAUUUUCAGCAAGAUAUUGUAAAUGUGCAUGCAUUACAUUGAACCUUUACGUUGUUGGGGUUCACAAGCAACUACAUGUAUGUCUGCCCACUAAUGUGCUGUUAGUGGCAAAUGGCAAUGAAAUGUCUUAGGAAAUGCAUUACAACAUGUAUGUUUGUGUGCAAAAAUGUGAAGUAAAUCUACUUUUUGAGCAAAGCCUUUCGGUUGCUACAUUAUGUCAUGGUGAUCACUGUAUUGCAAGAUGAAAUGUACAUGCGGGCAGAAUUUGCUUGCUGGUGCAAAAUUUAUGUAUUCACUUCUUUACUUUGUAUACACCUGUAAAUUGUACAUUAAUUUAUAAAAAUCUUGAUCCAUCCACUGAUUAAAUUCUUGGCUUCAUUUACCCACACUCUCUGUUAACCAGUUCGCGUCGGGAUUAUUUUGGCAUGAUCGGAGCCAGGCAUGGGAUUGGUUUCCAUGAAGCUCGAUGCCGGACGGGUCAUCUGCAGGUAGCACACCCUGAUAUUUCCGACCUCGCUCGCUGCGAGCAGGUCGCUGACGGAUAUUUUGCCGGCCUCGCUCGUCGCGGGUUUAUCAGUCAUGCAAUCUGAAUUUCGGAAAAACUUGUGCGUGUAUACACGUCCUCCGGCUCGAACUGGUUAAGUACAUGUACCACCAUAUAAUUUGGCGGAAAGAAUGAAGUCUACGCAGUGAGACCCAGAAUGACAACACUUGGUCGAAAGAUUGUCGGGGUUUUUUUGAGAAACAAAAUGCAGCUUUUUUAUAAGAUGAAUUUUGCGUCAGAGAGAUGUAAAUUGUAUAUUGAGUUUUUUACCCUUCGCUGAUGUAUUUUAUGAACACUCUUUACUCAGUGUUGUUCGAGGGAUUGCGAGAAAAAAAUUCACAAGCUUAUUCGGAUGGGACUUGCACCCACGACCUCCUGCUUACUAGUGAAGACGUCUUACCACUCGACCACCGAGCUUGCUGGGAUCGGUUGGCUGGUUCGAGUCUGAUGUAGCAGCGGGUACGAGAAUCAAACUUUGUGAGACAGUAUUUUUGAAGAACUGUAUCGCAAGCUCUCGGACAGUGUUUAUAAAAUACUUUGGCAAAGGGCCAAAAAAAACACCUCAAAAUAAAAUACAUUCUAACUGAUAGUAAUAACAAUUUCAGUAUUCCUUUUCCUUGUAUUCUUGUACAUUUCCCUUUAAUUUUAAUCAGGAAAUGACAGACAAAAAUUUGCGGAGUUGUCACAGAAAGCUGACUUGAAAACUCUAACAUAAAUAUUUUGGAAAUACUGUCUGCCUAAAGUGCAAAAUAGAAACGGGGAAUAUGAACCACAGUGCAGAGUUUGAUAAAACGUGAGUAUAUGUAUGCUUGCAGGUUAAGAGUUGGUUUAGAAGUGUACAAUUUAGGAAUGCCUAUAUCUUUCAGAUCGAAAUCAAAGAAGAGGGUACAGUAAAAGUCAGUAGGUGUCACACUUAGAAGUUAAGAUUUGUUUUUGUUGCGAAAAAAAGUCUUUGGGUCCUUGAAGAUUGUGUUAGAAAGUUUGUUUUGAAUUGUUUGAAUACAGUGUUUACAUGUUUUUUUGUGUUCCAAAGUGAAUUUUUUUUUAAAGAUUCUGGACGAUAUUUGUAUAAAUAAGCAAGAAUUUACUGUGAUUGAAAACUAGAAAAUUGUCCUAUUUACUUGACUUCAGCAGUGGUGGAAUUGAAGUACAUUUUAUGCAAUUGUAACGCAUUAGCUCAAACGGGCAGUAGGAAUAUUAAAGAUAUUGAAAUAAGUGUUGAGAUAUGUUUGGUUAUUUAUUAUGGAAAUCUCUAUGCACUAUUUAAGAAAUAAUGUGUUACAACGUAUGUAUUAAAGGGAAUUUGGGGGAAGAACUUAAAGUAUAUAAGGUAAUCUGUGUUUAUAUUUUUUACAAGGUCCAUUUCGAUAUGAUUCCAACGCUUACUUCAUUGAUCAAUGUCAAAGUAAAACAUACACAUCCAAAUCACACAGGGGUGCAGUAACUUUAAAUAAAAAGGGCAUCUUUAAAUAAAACCUACUUAGUUCAACGUA